AUGGCCGGCACCUGUCUUUUCGCUCGGCGUGCGGCCGCACGGCGAGGUGCAGGCCUCGUCAGCCUCGCCAGCGGCAGGCACGAGUCGAAGGGCCAGCUUCAGGUCUGCAUCUCCAGACCACGGGGUACGGGCGUCGGCGUCGUGAGCUGCGAGCACGGUCGCAGGAGCGCGGGCGGGGCCGCGGCCGUCACGGCACGGCUCCUCGCUGCCGAGGCGGAGGCCAUCGCCAUCGAGAGCACCAGCAAUGCUCCGACGCCGUUUCAGCUGCAGCGGAGAUCGAAGCCUGGCAGCAGCACCUCGGAGUUUCACCCGCCUGGGGCUCAGCGUCAGGCCGAAGCGUGCAGUCGGGAGAUGCUCGGGACGCCCUCCAAGUCUUUGUCGCAAUCCCGGUAUGCACGUGUGCCACACGGUGUGCAUGUGAGUGUUAAUGGCAAGGAUCUAGGUGCCGUCUUCUCUCGCGAAGAGCAAGCCAAUCUCCAGAAGGCGAGGUCUUCUCACUCGGCCAGCGAGGCGGCGGAACCAUUGGCUCCCACAGAAGAGCAGUAG